AGGCCGGGCGUGCGGCUACGGGCCCGCGUUCGCGGUCCGCGGGCAGAAGGCCACCGGCGCCGCCCUGGCGGUGCACGGCCGAGCCGCAGCCUCGCAGGGAGGCGCCUCGGGCGCAGGCGAACUGGCCCCGGGCGCGGCGGUGGUGCUGCUGAGCGCCUGCCGGCCUGGGCAGGCGUGCUUCGAGGUGCCUGCCGCAGACGGCCGGGUGGGGGGCGUGUUCAGCCAGUGCGUCGUGGAGCUGCUGGCCGAGCACCUGGCCCAGGGGACGCUGCCAACUUACGUGCAGCUCGCGAAGUCCGUCGAGGAGCGCGUGCAGCGCCGCUUCCACGAGCGCGGCCUCGCCGAG